AUGGCUGGGCACCCUACGAACUUCUCAUCAGUGAGCGAAACAGAAAAACAGAUAAAGCUGGCUUUAUACGCGCUUACAUUUCUGCUUGGAGUUACUGGAAAUUCGCUAGUCCUUGUCAUUCUUUGGAAGAAGCAUCGCAAAUCCGUAAACGAUAUACUUAUUUUUAAUUUAUCCAUGUCUGACUUAACGCUGCUGCUGCUCUCUUUACCCGUUAACGUCUUGCUUUUUGGUGGGAUUGAUUUUCCGCUGUUUUUCUGUAAGUUCAUCUGCCCCCUCGUCACAGUUACGUUUAAUGUUGGUAUCUUUACGUUGACCUUUAUGGCAGUUCACCGCUGCCGAGUCAUCAUCAAUUCGCUUAAACCGGAAAUGCGACAUAAAUAUGUUAUCAUGUGGAUUAUUCUCAUUUGGAUGACUGGGUUUCUUCUUUUACUUCCACUCAUAAUAGUGGGAGAGGCUAAGAGAGGAGGAUGUACAGAAUCCUGGAGACCGUACCAAAGUCGCAUAUACACUGCUACAUUGUUUGCAUUACAGUACGUCAUACCACUUAUAACUAUCACAGGUGCUUAUAUCAUGAUUGGGAUUGAAAUAGGCAGGGCGAAAAAGCGCCAUGACUCUGACGCACAGGAUCGGUUUGGCUUAAAAAUACGGCGAAAAGAGGAUCUUCAAAUCAUCAAGAUGAUGGGAAUUAUUGUUAUAUUGUUCGCAGUAUUUAUGCUGCCAAUUCAACUGGCGUGGUUUAUAUCGGACUUUGGACCUGCCGAAUAUAAGAAAGUAGCCAGUGUGUUGCUAAGGAUGGCUGAUAUUGCAGCGUAUUUACACGCAUGCGUGAAUCCAAUCAUUUACGGAACUAUAACUAAGUUCUUUCGGCGACAAUACAUCAGAUAUCUGAAAUCUGUUUUCGUCUUCAACAAGUGAUUUGAUUUGAUUUAUUUGUUUGUUUUUGUCACGUUACAGGUUGUAUAUACUGAAAAAAAAAAUGUAUAAUAAGAUGGUGACGGUGAAGUCUGAACUGGAGACCUGGAGCUAGAAGAAUUUCUCAGGCGGUAGAUGAAAGCCAGAACACCAUGACAACGAAAAGUAUCUGUCACUGACUAUUCCUAAUUUGUAUGAGGCUGAAAACAUAGUGAUAGCCGUUGUAAUUCUAGGUAACAUAAAUGACGAUUUCCUAGGUUAUCCAAAUAAAAUAACGGCGAAUUUUAGCUCAAAAAAGUCAUUCAUAGAUGUCUUUUAGUCCAUAAGCGAAUUCCCAAAAAGAAACCUAAAAUGGAUUUUCGUAGCAUCCUCCUUGGUACCUAGUGAGAUUGGUAUCAAAUUAAAGCUGAAGCACUGAAUAUUUUAAAUCUACUCGUUACCAGGACGGUAACUGGUGCGCAUAAAGGAGAUAGAUAGGAAAGGAGAGGAUACAUUUUGCUUUACUAAUACAAAAACUCUGAUAGAAAUCACGAAAUAUAUACUCGCCCAAAGUUGAUAACACUUUUUAAAAUAUACCAAAAAUUAGUGUGCCAUAAAUUCACUCGCCUCUAGGAAGAAGUGUUACACAGUGGAAAUUAUGUUCAUCAUGGAGGCCCAUCCUUGAUUGUACUCUGUGGGUUUUUCUUGUUGGUUUUUUCCAUCGUAAAAUAUUAUUAGAAACUAGCAUUUUUAAGAGUUAAAACCCCUAAGAGGGCCUGGGAUGCGCGGGCCGGUGACCACCUACAUUGAAGUGGGGGCGAGGGUGGGGGUGGUUGAGAGCAAAUUUGGCUGUUCUCUCUUUGUGGCUGUUUAGAACUGUCAGAUUACGGAACCUUUCUUGAGUCAUUGUUGAGCAGAGUCAUGUUCAUAAAUUUCAAGCCGCUGAAAAGUACCUUUCUCCUGCUGAGCGUGAUUGCAGAUGCUGAAUCCACCAUUAGAAGUUUGCAGAUCAUGAUAUUACACNUGGGUUUUUCUUGUUGGUUUUUUCCAUCGUAAAAUAUUAUUAGAAACUAGCAUUUUUAAGAGUUAAAACCCCUAAGAGGGCCUGGGAUGCGCGGGCCGGUGACCACCUACAUUGAAGUGGGGGCGGGGGUGGGGGUGGUUGAGAGCAAAUUUGGCUGUUCUCUCUUUGUGGCUGUUUAGAACUGUCAGAUUACGGAACCUUUCUUGAGUCAUUGUUGAGCAGAGUCAUGUUCAUAAAUUUCAAGCCGCUGAAAAGUACCUUUCUCCUGCUGAGCGUGAUUGCAGAUGCUGAAUCCACCAUUAGAAGUUUGCAGAUCAUGAUAUUACACUGUAGGUUCCUGUAACGUCUUCAUUUUGUCUAGCAUGUCAUUGAAAUGUGCCAGAGACCACAUCAUCAGCUGAUAUAAUUCGUUUUAAGAUACUGUAGUUCACGGAGUAGUCUUCAGAUUUAAUCAAGAACCUUCAUCAAAAAAGACUAUUCCGCAUGGUUGCAAAUGCUACAUACCUUUGGUUUGAAAAUGCAGAAAUCUAGGACGAUUGACUUUUUGAGGUUUCCCAUGCAUCAGACUGAUGGGAUCAAAACGGACCAAUAAUAAAUUUAGAUGCUGAAAGAUUCUUAUUCCAACAAAGUUACUAUUGACAUGAUAUGUAUAUCACAAUGGAACCUCUAUAACGAAGUCCUUGGUCUAAUAAACUAUUUUUUUUUACUCCAGUAAUAGUAAAAUAUAAGGCAAUAUGAAAAAGAACCUCGAUAUAAGUUAACAAACCUUGUUAUAAUGAACAUAUUUGCCAGUCCCUUGGCCCUUCGUUAUAUCGAGGUUCCACUGUACUUAAUUUUAUUUAUUUAUUUUUCAAAAAGUGGGGAAGCCCCUUUGCCCUGUGUGGGCCCUGCCCUAGCUUGGCUCAGGCUAUAUAAUACCCCCAAAAUAGACUAUGCUAAAUCAGGCAGCAAAGAGCAAUAAAAUUGCAGCCUUUAAACAGUAUUACAGCCCUUAGCUUGUUUAUUGUAAUCACUGGUAUGACUAAAAAAUAAUGGGUUUGUAUAUUGCACACGGUAGGUAAGACCAAAACUUGUCCUCCAGGUUCUUAGCUGGGGCCUCACAUUUAUCUUGUGAUCAACAAGUGUGCAGAUCAAUUAUUGUUACAGAAGGGUGGACAGUACCUUUGUAUGUAAUAAGGGGCCAUGAAGCUUCAUCAUUUAUAGGAAUAACAUUAGUCUAUUCCAUAUUAAAAGAUACACACACCAAGGUUUUUUGAAGUAGCAAGGCUGUGCUCUAAGAAAAAUUGAAAAGAACCCAGUGCUCUAGACCCAUGAAAUCCUGGGUGCCCAGCACAUGAUUUCUAUGAAAAAACUUCCUAGUUCCCCCGGAACAAUAGUUAAGCACCACGGGCCAACUGGGUGCUGGUAGAGCACAACCUUGAGUAGUGAAACAUAAAGCAGCAGUAAUGAGCGGGGCCAUGAAACUAUCUCAUACAUGUAGUAUAUAACCCUCAGAUGCAGUAAAUAUUGCAGUGACCAAGCCUUGGUGAUUAUUCAUUUGCAAUCUGCCAGUCACAUCACUUAAGUGCUUCAGUGCAUGAGUGCCCCUGUGUUGGAGUUUACAUCUCAAAUUAUGAUAUACUAUAAUUAUAAUUAUUAUAAGUAUUCAGUGCAAGAUUGCAAAACUUUUCAUUAUUCACUCAAAAGAAUAACAAUACACAACAUUCAAGAUAGGAUCACAAUUUUAUUUUACAGACCACAUCAGUAAAUGGUAAUAAUUCUUGCUGUAUUUUACAAAAUUGCAAAAACAGUUUUUGCAAUAAACUUGUGUGGACUCUCUUGCUUUAGCUUGUGGUUUGAACUGACAAUGUGUCUGUGCAGUUUAAAUCAGGCUCUGAGUUUUGGGAACACUAAAACUGAAAAAAGUAUGCCUUUUGUUUAGUGAGGGUUAUGGCAACAAGAAUGUUGGAAAUACUAAGGAAUUUACUGUAUAUUAAAAUAUCAUACCAUUCAGAUUGCACUAUGAUCCUGAUAGAUUUUAAUAUUUUAUAAUAAAAAUUUACAAAUAGAGCUUUAAAGCUUUUUAUGAAAGCUCAAAGGAAUGUUAAUAGUGGUAACAGAAAAAAUAGUACACUACAAGAGCAAGGUGUGAGCAAUAAUAUUGUUUACAAAACUAGAGGUCUCUCUGUGAUCUGUUGCCUUAGGUGCAAAUCUUUUUGAAAGUUUCCUAAAAGUUUCGUAGUCGUCGCGUUCCAGUCGAAGAAAGGUCUAAGAAAAAAUUUAUCUUCGAUGACUGCGCCUGUAGUAAAAGCAAAAAUCACCACCGGCGAUAUAAAUAAACUUAGCGUUGGGGACAUUCACUGCAAGUUUUGCGAACUGUAAGCUUACCUCCAUGCGCUCCCUCUUUAUGCGAAGAUUUCUUUCCGGAUUCAAGAUCUGUCGAUUCAUCUUUCUUCCAAAUGCUAGCAAACGAUCCAAGUUUAAUUUUCCGCCACUGGUUUCCGUUGAAAGCCCCGUAAAUGCUAUUGCAGCACUCUUCGAAGUUAUCAAGCCGAGAAAACAGCGAAACUGUCAGCUGGAAACAAACCUAUUCCUCGAAUCUCACAUUCAGUUGGUCAGACUCGCAUGCAGCACAAUUCUAUCGAUUGAAGCGGUUGCUGCACACAUACGGAGCCUAAUGUAGUAAGAUCGAAAGAGUUUGUCUAAACAAGAACGCAUCGAAGUGGGAGGAAAGGGAACAUUCUUGAGCAGGGUUCUUGGAAGAAAAUUAUCAUGCUGUGUGUACUGCGUUAAGUAAAUGACGUCACAAAGCAAUUGCCUUGUGUUCUUGGUAACCGGGCCAAAGGAACAUGGCGUUGUAAUGGCGGACGAAAAUUAAUGGUUUUUGAGCGCCAAAAGAUACCACUUUCCUUAAUCGUAUGAAGCUAUAAUUUGCACACCAUGUACUUCAAGUACUAAACUACCAAUCUGGCGAACAAAAAUGGUAGUCAAAGAUUUGAUCGUAGUGGCACUUUAAAGUUUAAACAAGACAGCCACCGGGAGUGCUUCUGUAAUGUAAAGGCUUCUGAGAUUAAAGAUGACAGGCGCCUUUUAUUACAAAUACAAUGCCAAGACACAAUCGCAAUCGAAAUUAAGUUUCUCAAAUCCUGUUACGUUCAAUAUGUGCGGCCAGCAGGGCACUUGCAAAGUUGAAAGAGCCGAUAACUUGGUAGACUUGGGUCGAGCAACCAUGGCGGCAAGACGUGUCACUGUCACUGCGUAAAUUUGUGGACGGGAAGUACGCGUACCGUUGAAUUUUGGGUCAUUUCUGUAUUCUAAUAUCUUGGUAAUGAAACAUCGAUGCCAAAAUCUGGCAUAGACCCGACAGCCUCUAAUGUCUAAAAGAAACGAGCGAGAAAACAGAUCAUCAAGCUCGUCUUCACAACAGACGCCAUCGCCCAAAAGAAAUCGUCGUUCUAGCAGCACUGUGAUGGAAAACAGCAAACAAUCUGAAGCCCUUAGCCUGGAGCAGUUUAAGCAAAUUAUGGACAAACUUUCUCGUUUAGAUAACCAAAUGCAAGAGCAUUUUGGAAACCUGACAUCCGAAAUUUCAAUCUUGAGACACGAAAUGAAACAAGAACUUGAUGGUGUGAUAAGGCCCUGAGAGACGUAGAAAAAUCUCUAGAGGCGGCUUGGGAUUCAAUCAACGACAUCCAAGAAGAAACAAAAACCCACAACGACUACAAGAAAACAUGCCAACAAAGCCUCGACACUCAUCGCCAAGAACUGGACCUGCUCAAAGUAAACCUCAAAAAAGUUGACAGCCAACAAGCUGAAAUCGAAAAUUUGAAAACAAGGCUGCUUGAAGAACAGGAGAAAAUUAUCGCUUUGGAGAACUGUUUUAGACGCGAGAAUCUUCGAUUUAUUAAUCUUAGUACCUGAACGCAAUGACCAAAAUUGCAUGGAUGUAGUGUAUGAUAUAAUAGAAAAUGACAUGAAUAUCAAUGUAGAAGAUAUCCACUUCCAUGCAGUUCAUCGUGUUGGGAAACCGCGCUCAGAAGACGCCUCCAAAAGCUUCCCGAGACCAAUUAUUUCACGCUUCCUCAGCAGGGAAGACAGAGACACAGUUUUUAAAGCGAGAAACAGGUUGAAAGAUUCAUCGAGAGCUAACGGGAUGUACUACAUAACCUAAGAUUACGCAAAAGCGAUACAGCAGGAAAGGAAAAUAUUAAUCAAAGCGAUGUUCCAAGCAAAGGAGCGAGGUUUGAGCGCAAAAGUUAUCGAUAGAAAGCUUAUUAUCGACAAUGUUAUUUACAAAGGAAGUAAUAUCCCUGAAGACCUUAGGCCUCCUCAAUCCAGUACACAUGCUUAAUCGAGACAUUUAAUCUAAAUUUUGUUUUUCCAUUGUCACGCGAACGUACGGCUGGACCCAACCAACGGACUUUUAAUGUUUUGCUUGAUUUUUUUGUUUAUUUUAGCCUCGUACCUUUCUGUUUUUGGUGGCAAUAUUUAUUUUUUUUGUUUAGUCAUACCUAGAGAGGAUAAAGGGGACAGAGAAGGCAUCCCCCAUACACACCCUAUUCCAUAGGCAAUUCGUCUCGAGUUAUUUUAGAAUCGGGAUAAAGUUACCUCGCGCGCUGCGUGGAUGUUUCGUGGAGGUUUCGCAUGACUAAACGCCGUGCAAAACAUGUCGGGCGAAAGGCAAUGAAAGCGUAAAGAGAUCGAGAGCAUUUCUGAAUAUUGAAGCGAAAUAAGUCGGCGCUCAAAUGGGAAAAGGGAAUCGCUGGACUCUUUGACAACCCGUGAAAUCAGUUUAACUCGAAGUUGUCGUAACCUCAGCUUUAAUAAAAUGAGAAAUUUCGCCGGUCUAUUAAUUGAAACCGGUCGUUUGUAUAAUAAAGCAGGUAGGACGCCAAGUGUUAUUUUUGUUGAAUAAUAAAAGACUAAUAAAAGAGUAAACAUCAAACCAGAAAUUGCUCUCUUCAAACUAUAAAUUAUAAACGAUCCUGAGAGUAUUCAGUGUGUUAAGGAUUUCCUUUCUGUACUGUUAGCUCUAUACAAGACGGGAAGGGCUAAUCUUUUUUAAUUUCCGUUUCGCUGACACAGCUUGAGCAGAAAUCUCUCUUUAGUCGUUUUCUUCGACAAAACAAAUAGCAAUAUCGUUCUCCGCGUGUUCCGCCAUUUUUUUCUGCGUCAAUUCGUGAAGGACGCGUGGCUCUGAGCGUGGGUCAUCCACGCGGAACACAUUCGCUCUAUGUGAUUGGCUGUUGUCUAAUCCCCCUUGGGAUCUAUGGUCUUAAAAAUAACUCGAGACGAAUUACCUAUGGAAUAGGGUGUGUAUGGGGGAUGCCUUGUCUGUCCCCUUUAUCCUCUCUUGGUCAUACAAAUUAGUUGCAUACUUGAAACACACUGUGAAACAUCUCUACGUUUUUCAAUUGCUUUGUUUAUAAGCAUCCACAAGCCAUCCUAUACAACGCCGAAUUAGUAAUCUGCUCAUUAAACGUGAGAGGUUUGUCGAACAUCAUGAAAAAGCGUGAGACCUUCCGUUGGCUUAAGAUGAAGAAAUAUGCCGUUUAUUUUCUACAAGAAGUUCAUUGUACAAAAGACAAAGAGCACACAUGGUCCGCGGAGUAGGGGUAUUCCGCCAUAUUUAGCAGCUUCUCUAGCGCCAGCGCCGGAGUAUGUGUGCUUUUUAAUAAUAAUUUCAACUUUCAAAUUUUGAAAUUCUUUUCCGAUCCAGAAGGAAAGGUUCGUCAUGGUUGAUAUCAAAUUAGAAGGUAAGAUCUUAACCUUGGUUAAUAUUUAUAUACUUAACUGAGACAAUAGCUCAUUACGUCAUGCACAUAUAUUGUAAAAUAUAAUGCAAAAAUUGAAGUAUGCUUCAACCAAUCAGAAGUACCCUCCAAAUCUAGGUAGUGACGCGUCAUCAGUAUGGAAUUUCUACGCUCGUUCCUCAUACAUCAUUUCGCGAGGAAACCAGUUGUGGCGUCGCGAGAUGUAGGCUGUUUUUCUCAGGCUAGAGGAAAGGAAAACGUUUUGGUUUUGCGAAUUACUAGAAGUAGGUUUUCAAUGUCUCUGAAGUCACUUUCAUUUUUCUGCGACGAUUGUAGUGAGCCAGUAUAAAUGAUUUAUUAGAUUCAAGCACUUUUGGGCAGAUUAUCUCAUAGUUCAUCAGUUGAGAGAGAUUGUGGUUAUUCUUCAUGAUAGUUAAAAUUUAAUAAAGGAGUUAUUUUUAUCUCACUUGGAAUAUAGACGACUGCUUUACUGCUUACAGUAUAUCACGAACAAAUUACAGACUGGUCUGCAAGAGUUUUCCGACAAAACUACAGGGUGAAACACUCCAUAAUAGGCUGAUUUAGCAACAGGACGGGAACGUCAUUUGACGACGGGACAGCACGCGGAAAGGCCUAAACACGACUUCCGGUGCUCAAUUUGCUGCUCUGUCAUUGGUCAAAACAGUUGUCUGAUUUGCGCGUGCCGUCGUCAACUCACGUUCCCGUUCUGUUGCUAAAUCAGCCUAUUAUCAUCCAUAAUGCUUACGCGACAAACUGUCUAUGGAAGGAAGGUUAGUAUGUGUAAUCAAAUGGUGAUGAGUGAAAUUAGGGAAUAAUUUCACUUGCGUUUUGUCCAAAUUUGGACAAAACGCAAGUGAUAUUAUUCCCUAAUUUCGCGAGUACACCAUUUGACUACCUGUUAAUAUCAUGGGUGACGAAUUACCUUAGCAAUCUUGGAUUUCUGACAUGUUUAUCCGGGAUCGUAUCGAUCGAGAUCUCCACACUCUCNCAUCCUAUACAACGCCGAAUUAGUAAUCUGCUCAUUAAACGUGAGAGGUUUGUCGAACAUCAUGAAAAAGCGUGAAACCUUCCGUUGGCUUAAGAUGAAGAAAUAUGCCGUUUAUUUUCUACAAGAAGUUCAUUGUACAAAAGACAAAGAGCACACAUGGUCCGCGGAGUAGGGGUAUUCCGCCAUAUUUAGCAGCUUCUCUAGCGCCAGCGCCGGAGUAUGUGCGCUUUUUAAUAAUAAUUUCAACUUUCAAAUUUUGAAAUUCUUUUCCGAUCCAGAAGGAAAGGUUCGUCAUGGUUGAUAUCAAAUUAGAAGGUAAGAUCUUAACCUUGGUUAAUAUUUAUAUACUUAACUGAGACAAUAGCUCAUUACGUCAUGCACAUAUAUUGUAAAAUAUAAUGCAAAAAUUGAAGUAUGCUUCAACCAAUCAGAAGUACCCUCCAAAUCUAGGUAGUGACGCGUCAUCAGUAUGGAAUUUCUACGCUCGUUCCUCAUACAUCAUUUCGCGAGGAAACCAGUUGUGGCGUCGCGAAAUGUAGGCUGUUUUUCUCAGGCUAGAGGAAAGGAAAACGUUUUGGUUUUGCGAAUUACUAGAAGUAGGUUUUCAAUGUCUCUGAAGUCACUUUCAUUUUUCUGCGACGAUUGUAGUGAGCCAGUAUAAAUGAUUUAUUAGAUUCAAGCACUUUUGGGCAGAUUAUCUCAUAGUUCAUCAGUUGAGAGAGAUUGUGGUUAUUCUUCAUGAUAGUUAAAAUUUAAUAAAGGAGUUAUUUCUAUCUCACUUGGAAUAUAGACGACUGCUUUACUGCUUACAGUAUAUCACGAACAAAUUGCAGACUGGUCUGCAAGAGUUUUCCGACAAAACUACAGGGUGUAACACUCCAUAAUAAGCUGAUUUAGCAACAGGACGGGAACGUCAUUUGACGACGGGACAGCAUGCGGAAAGGCCUAAACACGACUUCCGGUGCUCAAUUUGCUGCUCUGUCAUUGGUCAAAACAGUUGUCUGAUUUGCGCGUGCCUUCGUCGACUUUUGCUAAAUCAACCUAUUAUCAUCCAUAAUGCUUACGCGACAAACUGUCUAUGGAAGGAAGGUUAGUUUGUGUAAUCAAAUGGUCAUGAGUGAAAUUAGGGAAUAAUUUCACUUGCGUUUUGUCCAAAUCCUUAUAAAGGCUCGGGAAAUUAUAAGGAUUUGGACAAAACGCAAGUGAUAUUAUUCCCUAAUUUCGCGAGUACACCAUUUGACUACCUGUUAAUAUCAUGGGUGACGAAUUACCUUAGCAAUCUUGGAUUUCUGACAUGUUUAUCCGGGAUCGUAUCGAUCGAGAUCUCCACACUCUCGAACGUUUAAAGCUUAAAUUUGGCUUAAGUUCAGAAUUUUUCGACAAAAUACCUGUUAGAAUCCUUCUUGAUGUGCUCUUUCGUGAGUUCAGGUUUUCUAAAGCGUCUUUUUAUGCCCUGGCAUCUUCAUUCAUGACAUUUUAAAACUUCGUCGCCACCUUGACACUGAGACGUAAGGGAGAUUGCCAUGGCAAUUUUGUAAUUUACACGUGAAAUUACAAAUUAUUGCUGAAAUUUCGCGCCAAAAUUAAGGAGUAAUUCAUCACCUAUGAUAUUAAGAGAGAAAUCUAGUCACACAAGGAGUGAAGACGACCACCUACUUUGAGUAGGGGCUUCAGCACCCGCAUCACAACUACCCCACAAUAAAACAUUUUCAGGACGUCUAAAGCCUGCCUUGGGUAAACUGGAAAUAAGUAAUCCUUUUGUUUGAAUCUAGGGUGAUUGUGAUUUUUUUUUUACCAUAGGUGAAACAGACGGUUAAUGCCUAUGACACAAAAAGCUUGCUGUUUUGGCGAGAGCUUUAACAUUGCGGGAUAUCUUUUUUAUGCAUCAAACUUCUAUCUUAAUUCUCCUCACCAACGUCGUCACAACUCUGCACAUUUUCUCUGCAUGCUUUAACAUCAUCUUACUUCCCUCAUUUCACUACCAUAUGGUCGUGUUACUAAUAAAAUCACUAGCUACACGUUAUUUAUUUUACGUGAGGAAGCCACGCGAAGUGAUCUAAAGUUCCAGAUCUAGAAACGCUCCAUUGUAAGGUAAUUGGGAUUCCGGAAUCCGGGAAAUUUUUUGCCUCUGGAAUUUGGAAUCCUGGGCUUUUGAAAUCCGGAAUCCAGUUCUAGCUAACAAUUGAAACCUAGAAUCCAAGUUCCGCUGACAAGGAAUCCAGGAUCCAGCCUGAUCUAAAAUCCGGAAUCUGCAGCGUGGAAUCCCAUUAAUCUAAUCUGUUUAAAGAUAAGUAGAACCUUGGGAAUUCUAGCAAAGCUUAGACAAAAUAUUCCAUUACGUCCCCUCUUAAAUAUCUAUCAAGCCCUUAUCAACCCCUAUCUUUAUCAUGGCAUCUGUGCUUGGUGCUCUGCACCUAAAAUUUAUUUAAAUAAGAUGCUCUUAAUUCAAAAACGAGCCGUACGCCUGAUUUACUUUACGGAUUAUAAGCAAUAUGCUGUACCAUUUUUCUUAAGUUCGAAAGUCUUUCUCCUAUCUUUUAUUUACUUUGAUUGUCUUUGUAGUAUCAUGUGGGACGUUGAUAACAAUUCUGCACCUGAAAAUAUCAAGCGAACCUUUACUAGGAUUUCUGAGGUACACUCAUAUCCUACCCGAUCUUCUCUCAAUGAUGAUUUCUAUACUGAACACUCAAGGCUUGAAAAAAUGCGUAGUUAUUUUCUAAGAGUUGGACCAAAAAUCUGGAAUACUUUACCCUCAGAUAUGAGAAAAUCUACCUUUCGGAAAAAGAUAAGGAAUGAGCUCUUUGAAAUUUUAUCUAAAUCUGAUGACUAUCUUGAAAUCACUGAAAUCAUGCAUAAGCUUAAAUUUAACUAGCUCAGGAACACGACUAAACUUAUGUUCUCUGUGUAAAUCAUAUUGUAAUUAAAUUAGCUUAAUACAUGUUAUAGUUUUUAUUUUGCGACAGCUGGUACUGUUUGUAAAAUAUUUCUUUUUUCCUUUCCUUUCUUUAAAUUUGUGUGUCUCUUCACCCGCCUCGAUUAGGCUCUCCUAUAAGCGGGUGGAAGCUAUCGUGAAACUGUAAAUUGAGAUUGAAUGAAUAAAGUUGAAGUUGAAGUUGAAUAAUUCUAAGGACUAUCUUGGAUUACCUUACAUGGGGGAUCUAGAGCCUAACUUUGUUCGCUUCUAUUCAACUGAUUAAUUAUUAACAGAGAUGGUCAGUAUUGCUCCCCCACUUGUUUUGUUCAGUAAUAGCGCGGGGGUGUCGGUGAUAGAAGAGGUGGUGGUUGUUCUUAUACAAAUUAAAAGUAGAGUGUUGUAAAUCAGAUCAACAAUUAAUAGUUAGUUCAAUAAAAUGUACUUGAGAAAGUAUCGUUCACCAAAGUUCAGUGUUUAGAAUGAAGUAAAAAUGUUGUUUCAUAAUAUGAAGAAGAUGAUCUCAGAAACGAGAAACUACUUCACAGUUUUACAGUGCGCAAAUCAAACAAAAGGAGACAUUUGCCGAGCUGAAAGGUGGGUGGUUGAAAAACCAAACCAAUUAUCUUCGUAAAAAGUAUUUUUGACACAGUGACAAAUAAUCUCGCUCAGCAGUAUUUUUACCACAUUUUGUGUCUUAAAAUUCAGUAAUUUCUGAACCACUCCCACCAUAAGUCCAUUUUCUUUUUUCUUUAAGAGAUGUUUUCUUAUCUGAAACCUAAUAUAUAGAUUUAGCCAGGGCUAAAAGCGAAGCUCCAAUUAAUAAAUUAAUAAUUUAAAUCAAACAAUAAACUUUUAAUCCACAAAUCAGUUAACUUAAGGAGCUUUAAGGGCACAUUCAUGUGACUUUUGAGGGAAAGGAUAAGUUAUUUUAGAGUGAAACAUCUUACAUCGAAUUGAUAACCUUAUAUGUACACCCAAAAAAUAGCAAACAUCUUCGAUCACAUUCAAGAUCACAGUAGAUUAGGCCUCGAAAACAAAUUCUUGGAAAACAAAUCACGCCAAUUUUUUUUGCAUUCGACAGGUUUACUUUACAAAUUCUUGCCAACAAAUCUGGGGGUGUUUAAAUCAACCUUUUAUAAUUUUUAUACAUCACAUUUGAGGUGAAACAGUACUAUUUACCAUACACACCUAGGACAGAAUGCGGUAUUUCACAAUUUUUCAAGACAAAUUGCACUCAGUCAAUAUUCAGGACGAUCAAUUGUGGGCUUUAAGCGAAACCGUUCAAAAAUUUCCAAAAUCACCCAUACGGCCAGCUGGUUCUCGUUUCUAUAGUGCGAGCUGUCAGUGUGGUCGAGUUUUUGAAUGAACUUUAACAGAGUUAUGCUUCAACAUAAUAGCGAAUUUAUUGUUAUUUGUUUUGUUAUUUAAUGGUUUCAGUUAUAACGAUGUGUAAUCUUAUAAAGCAUUUGAUACGCGCGACAUUUUUGAGUACUCCUGCAAGCGAUGGUCAUGAACGAUGAAAACAAACGGCACGAACAAGCGAUUAAAAUUGCAAGAGAGAUUACUAACAAUAAAAAAAAGAGAUAUAAUUCCGUGAAACAUUUACAGAGACAACAAUUUUUCAUUAACGAAGACAAGUAUUAAAGUGUCUCUAAAAAUCUUGAGUCUUUAAGCGUAAAGCUAAGCCUGCUUCCCGGCGCGGUGUUUACUGUUUUCGAACGCGAACUCCUCGAAGCAAGAAAAUCGCUCAAAGUUUUCUUUCUACAGCCAAAUUUAUAACUAAAUAUUCUUAGGAAAGUUUUCUUUCUAUUUGUGGUGAGCAAAUAUAUCUGAAGGCUUUUUAAAGUUCUGUAAGCUUAUAUCAAACUUGAUACUAGGUCAGAUCAUUGACUCAAAUCCUACAAACGUGCAUAAACUUGCCGCAUAAACUGUCAGCGUGAACUAUGCAAGACUUCAAAAACAAACAUCAAAUACAAUAAUUACUUAGGCUUACCAUUCGAGAUUCAGUUCCUGAAAGCUAUCAAGGAAGGCCACAGUUGCUUGAGACUUUUAAACCCUCUUACGCAUUAAGCAAGGUGAAAAACUGAAAACGAUGCCAUCCGCAAUCGAAUUACCGAAUUUUGACAAGCGACGCAUUUCUCAACCAAAAACCCAGUAAACAAACCAGCCAUGAAAAACAGAAGACUCUUGAUAGCAGCUGUAUUUCAUUUUGUACAUCCAGAGGGAAAAAAAACGUUAAAAACAUCACAAGUUGACACAAAACUCUGUCAGCUUCGGCUGUCAAAGUAAACAACUUUAAAGGGAACCUCCACUCUUACUACAGAAUAAGUUGAAAUCGAAUAAAAUUAUGUUGAUAAACAAAUUUGUUCGAAAUUUGUCCUUAAAAAAAGUGUUUAUAUCAGGAAAAGUGAAUUUUAAAAUCGCUUAUUUUCACUUUCAAAUUUCGCGGGAACCGCCAUCUUGAAUAAUUGUGACGUGUUACGGUUGCUCUAUUGUUCUGACACAAAGAGCUUUUGUUUAAUAACAAUAGGGCAACCGUAACACUUCACAAUUAUUCAAAAUGGCGACGCCCGCAAAAUUUGAAAACAAAAAUAGGCGAAUCUAGAAGUUAUUUCUUUCGGAUACAAACGCUUUCUUUAAAAAUAUUUUAGAUUGACUUGACUGUAACAGUUAUUUCCUGUGAUUUAAAGUUAUCUUUUUGUUGAAUUGGAGGUUCCCUUUCAAGAUGCUGCAUAAUUUUUCCGCAUGAACACACCUGUCAAAUUUUGACCAAUCAGGGUAUAAAAAUUGCACGUAGAGCGUGACCAACGCGUGACCAUGGUAAGAUAAGGUCUUCCCCGCCUGUACUUUUAAAAAAACUGGAUGAAUUUUCCCUUCCGAGGUCAGUUUGAAAUCAAAAUCCUAAUAGUGCGGGGCCAUAGUGACAUAAACACAACAUAUUUGAUAUGAAUCCUUGGAAAAAUAAACUUGAGCCUGCGAUCAUUUGAAACUGGUAAUUUGUCAGCGGAUAACUUUAAAAAAAUACUCGACCUCGAUGGGUCGACACUUGAGCCCGCGGUCAGUCAGGUGAUACUGGUCAGCGGAUGCCCUGUUUUGAUAGCUGUCAAUUGAUCACAACAUUGAUGUGCAAUUAGUUUUCUCUUGGGCUCCCAAAGUAGCUAAAAGUGUGAGAGUAAACAUUGGUUGUCCUGUGGUGCGGACGGACGGUCGGCGGUCGGUCGGUCGGUGUACGUUCACGUGAUAACCAAAUUUUCUGGGAUGGGUAGCUCCGCUAUCAAGUAGAUGACAGCUUUGUAAUAAAUAAUUUUAUUCCAUAUCUGCUGUGUUUGAUUUCGAACAACCCUUCCAAUUGCACCUGUCGUAAAAAUUUCUCAGAUCUAAUUUGUUUUUUCUAAAUGCAACUCAUAUAUGUGUAUAAUGCCACCGCAGGAUAGAGUUCCACCUCAUUUGCAGCUUUUGUUUUUCAAUUUUGCAAAAAGAAUGCUAUGCACCUAUCAUAUAUAUAGACAGCAAACAAGAAGUAGAUUUUAAGAAUAAGACAGAUGGAUCGUCGCUUCUUUAAAGCACGUUUGCCAGAAAAAUUGCUCAAUUUUGGGAUAAGAGAACAGUUGACAUUCUUAAAAGGGUGCAGACAGCAAACAAACUGUACAAGAAUAGGAUGAACAACACAUCAUCAGAAGUGCUGCCGUUUAGGUUGUCCUCACUGGUACCUAAUAAUAACGACAGGCAAUUUUUAUGGUUAAAAUUGACUUUCGGUCUGUAUAUUGCAACUUUUAUCCUUGGUUGUAUAGGAAACGUAAGUGUCUUGAUUGUCACUGGUUUCAAGACAAUAAGAAGGCGACGUCCACACGAAUUGUUCACUCUUAACCUUCAUUCUGAUAGUAUUUUUUUACCUUUUCAAAUCUACAUCAUCAUCGGAAAAUUUUAUCCCUCGGUGGUGUUCUGCAAGCUUAUUGCGCCUUUAAUCACGGUAGCUUUUGGAGUGAGCGUGUUCACACUCACUGUCAUGGCGGUUCAUCGAUGCUUCGCCAUCACCGACCCGUUCAAACCAGCUAUUUCGACACGUUUAGUUUACUUUUGGCUAGCCGCCGUGUGGGUUUUGUCCAUAUUGUUGGCUGUACCAAGCAUUCUGGUUUCUACUUCAUAUUUAAACAGUUGUAUU